AUGUCAUUUUGUUCGCCAGCCUGUUCGUGGCCAGCGGCGUCCAGCCUGGCCUUUGCAGCUGACGUCGAGCUAAUGCAGAUGUCGACAACGGGCACGAAUGCUUCGAGGCAGUCUUUAUCGGCGUCCUCGGCAGUCGUGUCCCACACUGCUGCUGGUCUGAAGUCGUGGUUGUGCACGCUGAGCAGCGGUGCUACGGCUGACGAAGUGAAAGCAGUGUGCAAUGAGUUCCAGGGCCCGUUCUGCGCAGGCACUGAAGAAUGUCCGCCAGGAACAAAGUGUCCAGAGAAAUUUGUACAUGGCUUCUUGACAGAAGCAGAUAAGGACGCGACCAUUGCCAAGUACCCCUCGCUCGUGGUCACAUGCGAAGAGGACCCGUUCGUCAAAGAGGCCUGGGAGCACACCGUUCCAGACGCAGCCACUCGGCGGACUGGCGCGACCUUGUUAAUGAAGCUGAAGGCAGGCUCCAGCACUUUCCAGUACGACUCCAGUUAUUGGACAAAUGGCAGUUCGGUGUUGAACGCGGCAAGCGGUGCUUCCAGCAGCGACUGA